AGUGAGGAUACAAAGACUCUAAAUAAGUCGGAAGGUUCUAACUCUACCUGGUACAUCUUCGUAGCUACAAAACAAAACUCGCCGAGACAUUAACCAAAUGACAAAUACGAACACACUCUUCCUCAGACAUGAUGAUGAUUCAGAGAUUUUGAUUUUUCAAGAAAACUCUGUUUUUCCUCUUUUUGUUUUUGCCUCUUGGGGCAUUUGGAGAGCAAUGGCGACUUUUGCUGAACUUGUUUUAUCGACUUCUCGCUGUACAUGCCCUUGCCGUUCAUUCACUAGAAAACCCCUAAUUCGUCCCCCUUUAUCUGGUCUGCGUCUCCCCGGUGAUACCAAACCAUUGUUUCGUUCCGGACUUGGUCGGAUUUCUGUUAGCCGGCGUUUCCUCACGGCCGUUGCUCGAGCUGAAUCAGACCAGCUUGGUGAUGAUGACCACUCAAAGGGAAUUGAUAGAAUCCAUAACUUGCAGAAUGUGGAAGAUAAGCAGAAGAAAGCAAGCCAGCUUAAGAAAAGAGUGAUCUUUGGUAUUGGCAUUGGUUUACCUGUUGGAUGUGUUGUGUUAGCUGGAGGAUGGGUUUUCACUGUAGCUUUAGCAUCUUCUGUUUUUAUCGGUUCCCGCGAAUAUUUCGAGCUUGUUAGAAGUAGAGGCAUAGCUAAAGGAAUGACUCCUCCUCCACGAUAUGUAUCUCGAGUUUGCUCGGUUAUAUGUGCCCUUAUGCCCAUACUUACACUGUACUUUGGUAACAUUGAUAUAUUGGUGACAUCUGCAGCAUUUGUUGUUGCAAUAGCAUUGUUAGUACAAAGAGGAUCCCCACGUUUUGCUCAGCUGAGUAGUACAAUGUUUGGUCUGUUUUACUGUGGUUAUCUCCCUUCUUUCUGGGUUAAGCUUCGCUGUGGUUUAGCUGCUCCUGCGCUUAACACUGGUAUCGGAAGGACAUGGCCAAUUCUUCUUGGUGGUCAAGCUCAUUGGACAGUUGGACUUGUGGCAACAUUGAUUUCUUUCAGCGGUGUAAUUGCGACAGACACAUUUGCUUUUCUCGGUGGAAAGGUAACACCAAGAAUGAUACCUCACAGAUAAGUUUUUUUCUACAACCGCUUUGAAGUUGGAUUUAACUAGAAAAUGUUGCAGACUUUUGGUAGGACACCUCUUACUAGUAUUAGUCCCAAGAAGACAUGGGAAGGAACUAUUGUAGGACUUGUUGGUUGUAUAGCCAUUACCAUAUUACUCUCUAAAUAUCUCAGUUGGCCACAAUCUCUGUUCAGGUACUUAGAGAUUUCAUUUCGUUCUAUCGAAACUCGGUUUUUCGUGAUCUCUCUGUUUCUGAAUUAGUUCAUUUGUUUUCUCAGCUCAGUAGCUUUUGGGUUUCUUAACUUCUUUGGGUCAGUCUUUGGUGAUCUUACUGAAUCAAUGAUCAAGCGUGAUGCUGGCGUCAAAGACUCUGGUUCACUUAUCCCAGGACACGGUGGAAUAUUAGAUAGAGUUGAUAGUUACAUUUUCACCGGCGCAUUAGCUUAUUCAUUCAUCAAAACAUCCCUAAAACUUUACGGAGUUUGAUGAUCUACCGGAAAGACCAUAUCUUUAGGAAACUUACAAGCAUAUCCAUGGUAAGAUCCGGCAAUGUAGCUGUGAAACAAAUGGUGCAGUGUUCUCUGUUGCUACCUUUGAAAGAUGCAGAGGAUUUGAAGGUGAAAGCAGAGCCUUGGUCUUUUUAUCUGAUUGCAGCCGGUUUGAUGCUUCUUCGUUCGAUGUAAAAACCGGUUUGGUUUAUGUUUGAUAUAGUUGACCCAGAAGGGCAGUCUUUACUCUUUAGGGGUGCAUAAUUUGGUAGUUAUACGGAUUAUUAUUUUUAGACAAAUUAUCUUAGGAACUCUUUAUUCUUAUGAAAAAGGGAAAUGUAUAAAGUUUUGACUUCCCUUAUUAAAUU